AUGGGCGAGUCGACGACGCACUGCCAGGACGAGAAGGAGUACUGCUAUAACAUUUCGGUGCGCGGGCUCGUCAUCUUCGACGUCGUCAAGGGCGGCUCUUCCGACCCGAUUCCGGUUCCGGUCAACGUCUUUUCGAGCCCCGACAGCCCGGUCGAGUGCGAAGUUUGCCAAGCGUUUCAAGCCCAAGCCGAUGAAGCCGCUGCCGAGGCGGAACUUCCGGAGUUUGAGCGUCUGGAGCAGUGCAUCCAAAAUUGUUCUACGCGCACUUUGUUGCGCCAGAAAACCUUGCCGAAAUCGCCAACGAGCCCGGAUUUUGGGGCCGGACGGCGAGAAGACGUUGACGCGUCGAAGCUGAACGCAAGCGCGCUGGUCAAGAGACAAACUGUGUCGGAUUUCCGAGCGAAAAUGGGGCCAGCAGCCGCUAUGAGUUCAGAUUGUCGGGCUGAACGGCUUGGAAACGUCGGCACGACGAAUCGCGCCACGCCAAAACCCACGAAAAGCCAAACCGUGCCCGAUUUGGAGCCAAAAAAGCUUCCAAAAUCGCCUGCUACCAGAGAUUUUAGUGCGGAACGUUUUGAAGACGUUGACCAUGCAAAUCUGGCCACGCCAAAGCUCGUGAAAAGCCAAACCGUGCCCGAUUUGGAGCCCAAAAACGCCGCCUUGCCCCCACGGGUCCCUACGCGACGACCCCCAACGGCUACUGUAACCCCGAAAAAGUUGGAAAAAUGCCAGACCAUGCCGAAUUUGCAGUCGACAACGGCUGAAUCGACAAAAGGCCCAAUGCUGCGCGAAAAAACUGAUCCCGCCAGCGGAGUGGCGCAAAAAAACCACGAAAAAUCGGGUACUUUGCCGAAAUCGGCGUCCGAGCGGCAGAUACACCUCGAAAAAGCCGCCCCUAAACGCGCCGUCACCCCGGUGCCGUCAGGGGCGCCGCGGAAGAACUCGCUGCGCCCGGAUAGGCCGGAGAAAUGGCCGAAAACGAGCAGAAUUGCCGGCCUGGCAGCGGUGAAGCGGAAGGAAGAGCCGAUGAAGGUGGUGAAGACUGUAGAACCACCCACUACGGAAUGCACCCAUCGACGGCCGCUGUAUCGCGAGGCUUGCAUCGAUAUCUCGACCGAAGAGGAGACUUUUAAGCCUGUGAAAGGAAGAGGCAUGCCGGUGAAAGUUUUUUCCACAUCGACGGCCAAGCCGACGGUCGUCGACCUCGGGUGCGCCGAGGACUUCGAGCUGUACGCUCGCUUGGUCAUGCCCACGCUGCGGCCAAAGCAGAUUCUUAUGGAGGACUUGAGCGAGGAGUUUCUGCUCAUCCUCGUCCGCGCCAUCACUAGCUGCGGCUGGGCGGGGAUUGACCAUGUUGAGGUGAAAGACACGUGGAAGACGAUGAGUCCGCUGACCCGGGCGAAGGUGUUGGCGGCGACGCGGAGUCGAAGGAUGAGCAUACGAGCGGCAGAUGAGGUCGUCAAUAGGCGCGAAUGGGACGUGGGCCCGCUGGUGGGCUGGGCAUCCCCCCAGUCCUACAGUAAGCACGCCUACAGCGUACUG